CUGGGCCCCACUGGUAAACGCAAAGAGUGACAGGCAGAAGAAGGUCCUCUGUUUUUCUCUAUUUUAAAAGACACUUUCUUCCUUCGAGUUUCUUCGCACCAACUUUUCUCUUUCUGCUGCAAACAAUUCAAUCGUUAUAGACAAUAUGGGAACCAGCUUCAGAGCAAUUCUGUUCCUUUCAAGCUUGUUGUUUUCUCUUGUAUCCUCUGCACCCAAUGAUGGGUUGUCUAGGAUUGGACUCAAAAGGGUGAAAUUGGAUUCAAAUGACCGGGUUGCUGCACAGCUCGAAUCCAAGUAUGGAUUGAGAAAGUAUCGUCUCCCUUCGAAUCUCGGAGAAUCUGAGUCGGGGGAUGUCGAUAUUGUCUCAUUAAAGAACUACUUGGAUGCUCAGUACUAUGGUGAGAUUGCUAUUGGCACUCCCCCUCAGCCCUUCACUGUGAUUUUUGACACUGGUAGCGCAAACUUGUGGGUUCCAUCAUCCAAGUGCUAUUUCUCGUUUGCAUGCUACUUCCAUGCCAGGUACAAGUCGGGCCAAUCGAAAACAUACAAGAAGAAUGGGACUUCUGCUUCUAUCCAGUAUGGUACCGGAGCUAUUUCAGGUUUCUUUAGCAAAGACAAUGUUAAAGUUGGGGACAUCGUUGUUAAAAACCAGGAUUUUAUUGAAGCAACUAGUGAGCCUGGUCUCACAUUCUUGGCUGCCAAGUUUGAUGGCUUAUUGGGACUUGGAUUUCAAGAGAUUUCGGUUGGAGGUGCUGUCCCAGUGUGGUACAACAUGAUUAAGCAAGGUCUUAUCAAGGAACCAGUGUUUUCCUUUUGGCUCAAUCGUAAUGCACAAGAAGAAGCAGGUGGUGAAAUUGUGUUUGGCGGAGUUGAUCCAAAUCACUUUAAGGGCAAACACACCUAUGUUCCAGUAACGAAGAAAGGCUAUUGGCAGUUUGAGAUGGGCGAUGUUCUUAUUGGUGGUAAACCAAGUGGAUAUUGUGCUGGUGGCUGUUACGCAAUUGCAGACUCUGGAACUUCUCUUGUGGCAGGUCCAACGACUGUGGUUGCCCUGAUAAAUCGAGCCAUUGGAGCCAGUGGUGUUGUUAGCCAGGAAUGCAAGGCAGUUGUUAACCAGUAUGGACAAACCAUUCUUGAUUUGCUCUUCGCUGAGGCCCAACCAAAGAAGGUUUGUUCGCAAAUUGGAUUGUGCACCUUUGACGGGACUCGUAGUGUAAGUAUGGGCAUUGAGAGCGUGGUGGAUGAGAACGGCGGCAAGUCUUCUGGCAUUACUCAUGAUGCUUCAUGCUCUGCUUGUGAGAUGGCAGUCGUCUGGAUGCAAACCCAGCUUAAGCACAAUUUGACUGAAGAUCGUAUUUUGAACUACGUCAAUGAGCUUUGUGAAAAAAUGCCAAACCCCUUGGGACAAUCAGCUGUAGACUGUGGAAAGCUUUCUUCUAUGCCUUCCGUUUCCUUCACCAUUGGCGGUAAAGUUUUUGAGCUCACUCCAGAUGAGUACAUACUUAAGGUCGGCGAGGGCUCUCAAGCUCAGUGCAUAAGCGGGUUCACUAACAUGGAUAUCCCUCCUCCCCGCGGACCUCUCUGGAUCUUGGGAGAUAUCUUCAUGGGUCGUUACCACACCGUGUUCGAUGCUGGCAAAAUGAGAGUCGGAUUUGCAGAGGCAGCAUAAAGAACGGCUCUGGGAUCGACCCUUCGCGUCUCGAAAUUAGUUGAUGCGCAUGCUCAUCUUUGUUUACUUAAAUUUACUUAAUAUAUGUGUAGCUCUUAUGUAUGUAAAGGGAAGCCAGUGGUUAAAACUUGAAAUAAGUUGUGGUGUCCGUUGGUGUCGGCGUAAACAUAGUGUUUGUAAAUACAACCGUUUGUAACCUUCUAUCAUCUGUUACAAGUUUGAGAGCAGUAGUAAAUUGUGCAAUGUUUUCUAGUAA